AUGGCGUUUAGAGGCAAAGAGAUGAUGAAGAAAGUUCUGAAGAAAGUUGGAGAGAGGAAUUUGACUCCACGAGUGAAGCAAUCUUUGGAGAAAUGUCUUCCUCGAAGCAAAGUUGUCAUGAAUCGCGCUAAGCGUGGUCUAUUUGCCGGGAAACACAUUCAGUUUGGCAAUAGUGUUAGUGAAGAUGGUGGUAACAGGACAAGGAGAACUUGGAAACCUAAUGUCCAGGACAAAAGGCUCUUUAGUUAUAUUCUAGAUCGGCACAUUCGUGUUAAAGUCACCACACACGCUCUUCGUUGUAUAGACAAGGCAGGUGGAAUUGACGAAUACUUGCUGAGGACUCCUUAUCAGAAGAUGGACACAGAAAUAGGCCUCUUGUGGAAGGCGAAGAUCGAGAAGCUGUAUGAAGAACUUGGAACAAAGGAGGUUGUAUUCUUUUCGCCAGAGGAUGAAGAGAAGUUUGAACAGGACUUUAAAGAUUUGAGAUUAGCUGAAAGGGAAGCACGAAAAGAAGUAAGAAAAAUAGUGUACGCUGGGAUGAACAAGCAUAAAUUAAUUGAGGUUGAAAGUAAGGACGGUCAAUCUAGUGACGAGGGAGCUGUUAAAAUUGAGGGAGAAAUCUCACACGAUUCAUCAAAGCGAUUGGUUCCUGUUUCAUAUGUGUUAGCUGCCGACAAACUCAAAGUUGGAAGUUAUAUUACUAAUUGA